CAGUCGACCGUGUUACUCCCUUUCUUUCCUGGAUAUGCCUGGACAGCGUUCUCUAAAAGUCUGAGCAAAAAGGUAUCUGAAUUGGGACUGAUGGCUGCGGGCAUCGAUCACGGACGGGUCGGGGAGAGGUUGCAAGCGGCACUGGCCGGACUGCAGGAAUUGCAUUUCCUCAAGGAGAAACAGUGUGACAUGGUAAACUGGGCACUGCGUAUGGACCGGACGGACCGUCAGGGGACUGAGGAACAGCACUUGGAGGCGACCCUGUCAGCCCUCAAGCAAGAACUGUCUCAUCUGCGCAGGCAGGAUGUGGGGCAGAAGACACACCUGCAGCAACUGGACCAGCAGAUAAGUGAUCUAAAGCUGGAUGUGUGCAAGGCCUCCACUGAGCAAAUGGAGAGCAACAGUAGACCCAGCUCAGGUUUCUAUGACCUCAGCGAUUGCGGCUCCUGCUCUCUGUCCAACUCCUGCACCUCGGUAUACAGCGAGUGCCUCUCCUCCUCCUCCCAAACCAGCCUUCUCCCUCCCCAUGGCCCCUCUGGACCUCACACCCUCAGUACAGCAGCCCAGAAGAAUGUGGCAUCCCGCCGGCGCUCCGUUGAUGAGACCAGCACCCACCCUAACCCACCACGGGGGACAGGGCUGCACCUUGGCAGCAGUAGGAUACGCACUGGCACCGCGGGCACCGACUGGGCUAGACAGAGACCCAUGUCCACAGGUGACCUGGACAGGAUGUUGACUCCAGGACUGGGCAGCUACAAGUCUGUGGAUGUGAAGAAAUCCUCCCUGUGCUCCAACCUCUGGAGCUCAACCACCGUUGACCCCAAGUACCAGAGUAACCUGGUGUCCCGCAAUGGGGCAGAGGUCUACCUCUACCCAAGCCCACUCCAUGCCAUAGCCCUCCAGAGCCCCAUCUUCUCUCUGGGUUGGGAGCCGGCUGUCACGGAAGCCCCAGAUGGCCAGGGGCCUCCGGCAGAUGCUUUCCCCAGUGUGGAGACUCUUCAGAGGGGACGCAAGGAGAGGAUGGAGCCCAAGCCCCUAGGAUACAUCAACAAGCUCCGCAAGGGGAGUAUGAGCAAGAUAAACGUCCGGACAGAGUUUGGCAGAGACAACAUGCAGAUGCCUCAGAAUGAUCGCCCAAGUUAUCCCCACGAGGCGGAUGAACUUGGAACAGUGAGUCCAGAUGUCCCUCAGGUUCAGGUGCCUCCACAGCAGCAGGCCAUGCUGUCACAGUCAGACAUCAGACCAAUGACCAGACAGAGGCAAUCUGCCAGUCGGGAGCAGGUGAACUAUGUGAACCUCACCCGGCAGGCACUGAGAACCCCAUUUCUGGAGACUUCAUACCGCUACUCCUACCCUGCAGCACUGAGGGGGUACAGAUCUAGUGAGCUCCACACCACCACCUCCACCAUAAACAUAUUCAGGGUGUCAUCCGAUGGGGUGAGUAUGCGAGGCCAUCCUGACCUGGGCCAUGUGGAGGUCCCAGGAGGGGGAGGGGCGUCUGAACGUAAGCCGUCUGAAAGGAGGCUGGUGCCAAGUAUGGGCGUGGCCCACAGCUCCAGCACAGAGGAAAGCCAAGGCUCUGAUGAAGGGAGUCUGUGCCACCACUUGGCGCAGUCUGGCUUUGUCCAUGCUCAGUUUGUCCCUGCAGGGUCACAGUGGGUCAAGCUGAGGCAGGCGGACCGCAAAAGCAAGGCUGUAAGGCUGAGGAGGAGAAGCUGUGAGAAGCCCAGCCGGGCCAUGAGGCUCCAGCUACAGGGACACUCAUCCAACGAGAGGACUAGGGAGACCAGUGUUGGAGCUAGGGGGGAGAGGGAGCUCAGAGUGCCAGAGAGAGGAAGGAUGUCCCAGUCCCAGAGACCAGCCAGCUGCCUGAUGAAGGAGUGCGGUCACUCAGGCUCUGAGUCCAGCCUCUGUGGCCCUGCCCUCUCAUAUGCCCAGCCACUGGCCAUCCCUGCCACUAAGCCCACCAAACCCCGUAGACCCCACUACCCUGACCUAGACCAGCCACCCAUCGAUCAGAGGAAGAGGAGGCAGGGCACUCCCAAGUGGCCGUCAGAUAUGGAGAUGUCCCAAGCCAUGUGGGUUCAGGAUCAGAUGUCACAUAGAGGGCUCCAGACUGGAGGGCCAGUGAGCAAGUCAGCCAUUGGCUGGGGUGAGGGUGGGCCUCCUCGGGCUCUUCAACCCUUCGCCUUCUCAUCCUCCUACUUCAGCCACCUCAAUGCCAGAUACCCUCCAGCCCCCUACCCCCUGUCCACACACUACCUGUCCCUGUGCGAGUCGGAGUACUCGGCCGACUGCACCUCUCUCUUCCACUCCAACAUCACAGAGAGCAGCGAGGGCGACAGCGAGUCCAGCCAGAGUGAAUCCCAGUCCCACUCGGACUCUGACAGAAGCCUGUCCCUGGACAAGGGGAGCAGGAAGGAAGGGGGUUUGGUGUGGGCCGAAGCCGCUCUGGGACCCAUUGCCGCUGGACGGCCCCUCCAGCAGCUCCCCCGCCCGGAGCCCCCGGCGCGCCGCAUCAAAGCCUCCCGAGUCCUGAAGAAGAAGAUCCGCAGGUUCCAGCCCGCCUCCAUGAAGGUCAUGACCUUGGUGUAGUGGAGUGUCUGUGAAGCUUUAAGUGGAGACGGUUUCUGGAUGAUGUCACCUGUUCAGGAGUCAACACAUCACAUGACGAGUAUCACCCAAAAACCUUUGUUUCAUGAAUGUCAGUGAAAAGAUACACUGCAAAGCAAAUCUGAAGAAUUAGCUAAUUACAUUUGAGUCAUUUAGCAGACAUUCUUAUCCAGAGUGACUUACAGUUAGUGCAUUCAUCUUAAGAUAGCUA